AUGGCUGGAAUAUUGGGACAUAUGGACAGUUUUGAUAGUUCGGUGGAGGACUGGACAACAUAUGUGGAAAGAGUUGAGCAGUACUGUCUAGCAAACGAGAUACAGAACGAAAGACAAGUAGCAGUCCUACUAAGUGUUAUGGGCGCGAAAACUUACAACCUACUCCGCAGCCUUGUUGCUCCAGCUAAACCGGCGGACAAAACAUUUGAUGAAAUAACGCGAACGCUGAAAAGUCACCUAAACCCAGCGCCAUUAGUGAUCGCUGAGCGUUUUAGAUUUCACAAGAGAAACCAGUCAAAAAGUGAGUCCAUGUCAGAAUACAUCGCUGAGCUGAGGAAACUAGCCGAGCAUUGCCAGUUUAGAGAUGGAUUUUCUGACGCUUUGAGGGACCGGUUCGUGUGCGGGCUGCACAACGAGAGCAUUCAAAAACGGCUUUUGACGGAGGACAAGCUUACUUUACAACGAGCAGUGGAAAUUGCGGUUUCAGUGGAGACAGCAGCAAGGGAUGCAACAGAACUGCAAGGUAAAAACCCAACGACAUGUUCUGUAUUCAAAAUGCACUCCAAGCUGUGCAAUACCAAAGCAAAGCCCUGCUUCAGAUGCGGUAAACAGUCACAUGACCCCACGGAGUGUUGGUUUAAAGAUAAAGACUGCCGGCAAUGUAAUAAGAGGGGGCACAUACAGAAAAUGUGUAAAUCAAAGUACAGCAACUCUAAAGAGAAAGUAAAUGUAAAAAGAGGGCAGAGGCUUCACAAAGUAGCACGAACAGACUCUGACAGUUCUAGUGAGGAAGAAUUGGCUUGUUUAGGGUUGUAUGCGACAGAAAAGGAUGACAGUGAUGUGAUAUGGCUGACACCAAAAGUCAAUGGAGUGCCAUUAAAAAUGGAACUAGACACCGGGUCAGCGCUGUCAAUCAUAUCUUUCAAGGAUUACAAGAAAAACUUUCCAGACACAAAACUGUCACGCACCAGAGUAAAGUUGAAAACAUACACGGGUGAAAAAGUCACACCACUGGGAAAACUCAAAGUGAAAGUGAAAUAUAAAAACCAAACUUGCAAUCUUGAGCUGUUUGUUCUGAAGGAUGGAGGGGUGCCACUGUUUGGUCGCAGAUGGCUAAGACAGAUCAGGCUCAACUGGCAUGAAAUAAAGACUUUGCGUAUUGCCUCCAAGCAACUCACUGACAAAAAGUUAUCUGAAAUACUUGACAAGCAUGCACAAGUCUUUAGUGAAGGCAUUGGAACCAUGAAACACAUCAAAGCGCGUCUUGAGCUACAAGAAGAUGCAAAACCAAAGUUUCACAAAGCACGACCUGUUCCAUAUGCUCUACGGCCAAAAGUGGAAGCUGAACUGCAACAUCUCAUGGAUCAACAGAUAUUAUCCAAGGUGGACUGGUCUGAAUGGGCUACACCAAUUGUGCCUGUGGCUAAAAAGUCUUCAGACAAGUUGCGCAUUUGUGGUGAUUUCAAAGUAACUGUUAAUCCUGUACUUCAUGCAGAUCAGUAUCCACUACCUCGCAUUGAUGACAUUUUUGCAUCCUUAGCAAAUGGUGAACAUUUCACAAAGAUUGACCUUGCACAAGCUUAUCUACAAAUGGAGAUGGAUGAAAGUUCACGCUAGUACCUCACCAUUAACACCCACAAAGGUCUAUACCAAUACAAUCGGCUUGUAUUUGGCAUUACUAGUGCUCCAGAAAUCUGGCAACGUGCUAUGGACCAGGUGCUACAAGGAAUUUCAGGUACUCAAUGUUACUUGGAUGACAUUAUUGUGACAGGCUCAGACGAAAACUCACAUUUGGUCAAUUUGGAUGCAGUUUUGACAAAACUGGAGGAAUAUGGGCUUAAGGCAAAUAGGAAGAAAUGCGAGUUCUUCAAGGAGUCCAUUGAGUAUUGUGGUCACAAAACAGAUAAACAGGGACUUCACAAAACUCAGGACAAAACUGAGGCCGUUGUGAAUUCUCCACAACCGGAAAACGUAAGUCAGUUACGUUCAUUUCUUGGCCUCGUUAACUAUUACCAUAAGUUUUUGCCAAAUCUUUCAACGGUGUUGCACCCACUCAAUGCGCUGUUGCAUCAAAACACAAAGUGGGAUUGGACUAGAGACUGUGAGCAGGCAUUUAAAAAGGCAAAGAAACUCAUCAUUUCAGACAAAGUGCUGACUCAUUAUGACCCAAAUUUGCCCUUGCGCCUAGCAUGUGACGCUUUGCCUUACGGUAUUGGUGCCGUUCUGUCACACAAAAUGAGUGAUGGCUCUGAACGCCCCAUAGCUUUUGCAUCAUGUUCUCUGUCACCAGCAGAGCGUAAUUACGCACAGAUAGACAGAGAAGCUUUAAGUUUAGUGUGGGGAGUGAAAAAGUUUAACCAGUAUCUAUAUGGCAAGCAUUUCACGCUGAUUACAGACCAUCAGCCACUAGUUUCUAUUUCCAGUCCACACAAAGGUGUUCCGGCAAUGGCUGCGGCUCGGUUACAGCAUUGGGCUCUUUUUCUGGGAGCGCACACCUACACCAUUGAAUACAAAGGGACAAAACUACAUGGAAAUGCAGAUGGACUGUCCUGUCUGCCUCAGUCACUGUCAGGGAAGGGCUCUGAUCCUGCUUUAAACCUUCACAUGUUACAAAUGGAAACGCUCCCUGUGACAAGUGCACAAAUAAGCAAAGAAACAAGAAAUGACCCAUUGCUUUCCAGAGUGUAUGAUUUAACUGUGAAUGGUUGGACAGCACGCACAGAUACAGAACUUUCGGACUAUUUCACCAGAAAAGACCAACUUACCGUGUGUCAAGGAUGUGUCAUGUGGGGUCACGUGUAA